AUGAGUGGAGCAGGCUGGCUUAACAAGAAUAUAGACACCAAGUCUCAAGAAGUACAAAAGCACUUCGUGGGGUUUGCCAAAAUCUCUCUCCAGCAACUGUCGCAUGAGUUUGAUGCAGAAGAGAAUGUCAAAUGGUAUUCUAAGCGUUUCACGUUAGACGAGUGUUCUCGAUUGGACCCAGAGCACUUCGUUAUAGCUGUCAUCACUGAGGACCAGUUGAACAGGGCGAUUUUGGAUACGGGUAUAGCGCGAGAAGGGUUGUCAUUCUCACAAAACCCACCUCAUCUUAUGCUUGAAAAAAGCGUUGUUCUCCCGUGCUUGCGCGGCCGGGAUCUUCUUGAGGCGGCCCGGCGCUUUCUUCCGCCUGGAGAAAAGUGGUGGACAGCUAGGCUAUACCUGAAUUCUCUACCACUCCACUUGCAGAUUCAUCUUACUGCACAGUAUGCUAUAGAGGCAAAUAUUACGGAUGCUCAGGCCUUCCGCGACUUGCUCUGCAACUAUGCACCAUGCACAUCAGAGGGCUGGCGGCACAGGUUCAAAUCUGAUACGGACUACCACUAUGUCAAAAAGGUAGAUUCGAAUAUUCCUCUGCGAGGGGCGCUGGCGGACCUCGCUCCCUACCAGGGGCUCUGGGAGACGUUCACGUACCGGAAGUUAGAGUACAUGUUCAAUCCGCGUUGCAACGAGGUCAUGGUUUCCUACUUGACAAAUAUCUAUCACCUCUGGUCUGGCCUUUUCCCCGGAAAUAUGGCGUUUCUGGUUGACCCAAAAUCUGUUGGCUUUCUGGAAGGAUUGAUGCCGAAGUAUUCUCUGGAUGAUCAAAAAAUCGUCGAUGCUAUUAAUGAUAGUUGCCAGGCUUCUUUGUUCCCCAGGCUGACAAAUUCUAAGGACCGGGACCGUGUGCUGCAGAGCCUGCUCGUAGUUCCCGGAAGGAUACUCACCCUCUCCACUUUCUUUCAAGACGCCAUCUUACUCUCCGGUCCUGCACGCGCGAUCCGCGAUAUCUGCUCCAGUAGGAACAAGGUAUCAAUUCAGGACCUUCUGUUAAGGUCCUGGGGAGGAUGGAACGGAUCCUGCUGUGUACAGCUAUCUGAAACCCGAUUCGAGGAAGUAAAAUUGCCUUCUGGGAUCACCAUCGAGAAACUCGAAGAGUUUUCAUCUUUGAUUAGCCUGCUGCAGCUCUGGUUGGUAGCAUUCCGACAUUUUAUCGAGCCUCGAAAAGGAAGAACAAACGGCAAAGACAGUGUUCAACCGCUACUAAAAGUUCGCGGGAGGCCGUUGUUGUCCAGUGCAGCGAGAAAAUUCGGCUUCGAUAUUUCGAGGAACCAUCAGAACACUUACAGAAACCCGAACCUGCCUGCCUUUCAGUAUAUAUGUGAAGCACUUUCGAGGGACGUGGUAGGUCCCGAGGCGAACAGCAAAGUAAAUUACAUUGCAAGGAAAUUUCGUGAGAUGUUCGAUGUCGAGCAAAAACAGUCCGCUGCACCUCUAAUGCCGGACCAUGCCGUCAAUUGGGAUAAGGAAAGACCCGAUAGGCGGGCAGGUCGCCCCCUUCAGAGAGAGUAUCUCUACGAUCGCAAGUUUCUUUUCAUAAAGUACAUUUAUUGCCCUGAUCAAGAGGCGAAGCACUAUCCAACAUCGUUUGCCAUAAUGCGAGACAUAUUCUUGUCUUUCUUCGGCAGGCACCCCAUGAUUGAACUCCUACGUGGUGAGCAGCCUGCUACCACGGCGGCACUGAACAUCGAGACACCAGUCCAGCAGAUUACCAAUCAACUACCAUCCGAGGAGGAAACGUUAGUUGACAAUUGCCAGCAGUAUCCAAUAGAUGAGGAUCCAGAGAACAUAGACGAUGCAUCAUCUGUAUUAUCGCCUGUUGAACUCCACCCUCACCCGCCUGAACCACAUCAUGCACAAAUGGAUGGUGUCGAGAAGUCAGUGCCGUUAGCCGCGGGUUUCGAGGAUGAGAUAUGCAAAGGCCCGGUCUGCACAAGGAUUCCUAUUUCUGUCCACAGAAAGGCAGAAGAGAUCCUAACCACAUGGUACAAAAGCAAUAACUCUAGUGUGGUUGUUUUUUACCUAUUCAAUUCACGAGAGUAUUAUAAGUUUUUUUCAGAUGACGAGCUGAACAUUCGACUAAGCCUUACCGACUUGGCACUGGACCAUUACUUUCUACUUCUCGAUGGGGAUGCGUUUAGAUCGGAGGCACCAGAUACUGCAUUGAAGGAUGUUCUUCAAAGCAGAUUAUUACUAGUAGGAACAAAAUCCAAACCCGGUGAACUUGAAAACCGCGAAGGUGGAAUAACACGUGAAGACUUGGAAGAAUACAUAUCGAGGCAUGAUGUCUUCACUGGUAAACGGCGGAAUACGUCAGACGAACAUGAUCAGCGACCAGUGACUCGCCGUCGAGCAUAA